UCGGGACCUUCUCGCUGGCUGCAGCGGCCGCCGGAGAGGCGUCCACAGCGGCGGCGGCAGCUGGGGCAGCAGCAGAGGCACGGCGGAGCUGGGCGGCGGCCACUCCGGCAGAUUGUCACUCACCAAGGACGGAGAAACCACAGGUUCUCGGGGGCCACAGCCCUGUUGGGGAAGCCAGACGUGUCUUGACCAAGCGGCUGCUCAUCUGCUUCGUUCCAUCAGCCUGGAUUGGUGAAUCUGAAUCACAAGGGAGAUCUCCAGGUUUGCUGGGAUGGGAAACCUGCUCAAAGUCCUUACCAGGGAAAUUGAAAACUACCCGCAUUUUUUCCUGGAUUUUGAAAAUGCCCAGCCCACCGAAGGAGAGAGGGAGAUAUGGAACCAGAUCAGCGCCGUCCUCCAGGAUUCCGAGAGCAUCCUUGCUGACCUGCAGGCUUACAAGGGCGCGGGGCCAGAGAUCCGAGACGCCAUUCAAAAUCCCAACGACAUUCAACUUCAAGAAAAAGCUUGGAAUGCAGUGUGUCCUUUGGUCGUGAGGCUAAAGAGAUUUUAUGAGUUUUCCAUAAGGCUAGAAAAAGCUCUUCAGAGUUUAUUGGAAUCGCUGACCUGUCCACCCUACACGCCAACCCAGCACCUGGAGCGGGAGCAGGCCCUCGCCAAGGAGUUUGCGGAAAUUCUGCAUUUCACCCUACGAUUCGAUGAGCUGAAGAUGAGGAACCCGGCCAUUCAGAAUGAUUUCAGCUACUACAGAAGGACCAUCAGUCGCAAUCGCAUCAACAACAUGCAUCUAGACAUUGAGAAUGAAGUCAACAAUGAGAUGGCCAAUCGAAUGUCCCUCUUCUACGCAGAAGCCACGCCAAUGCUGAAAACCCUCAGCAACGCCACCAUGCACUUUGUCUCCGAAAACAAAACCCUGCCAAUAGAGAACACCACAGACUGCCUCAGUACGAUGACAAGCGUUUGUAAAGUCAUGCUGGAAACUCCGGAGUACCGGAGUAGGUUUACGAGCGAAGAGACGCUGAUGUUCUGCAUGAGGGUGAUGGUGGGCGUCAUCAUCCUCUACGACCACGUGCACCCCGUGGGGGCUUUCUGCAAGACGUCCAAGAUCGACAUGAAAGGCUGCAUAAAAGUUUUGAAGGAGCAGGCCCCGGACAGUGUGGAGGGGCUGCUGAAUGCCCUCAGGUUCACUACAAAACACUUGAAUGAUGAGUCGACUUCCAAACAGAUUCGAGCAAUGCUUCAGUAAAGCUUUGCUCAGAGAAGAGGAUCUUUGUACUGACCUCAGAAAAUGUAUAUGUUUACAUAAUUUAAUACAGAUUGAUGUUAAUACUCGUGUAUUUACAUAACCUCCUUGUCACUGAAAUAUAUGGACCUUGAUUUGUAUCCUGACUGACUCAACCCAGCAGAGCAUAAAUUGACUGGAGAGCCUUACCUGUGAUGUCUAAAACAAACAAACAAAAAACAACCCUUCUCCAAAGGCAAAAUUCAGAGACUUUAUCUUUGCACCUAUAACCAUCAGAAAUGCCUAAUGGCGUGUGGCCAUGUUUUAAUUCUAGAUGUGUAACCUCUCUGGGAAGUAUAGUUAUAGAAACACAAGCUGUUUGAUUUCCUGUGUCAGUUCAGCUACAAGAAACACAACGAUUAUCCUGACAGAGGGAGAGAGGGUUUCAAGAAAAGAAAAAUGCAUGUGGAGACACGGACCCAAGUGUUUGGAAUGCAGCAGGCCCCCUCUCUUUCCCCAGACGGCGCACCACGCGUGCAACUUGUCUGUUUGCACGGAUUUUAUUUACCAGCACAUUCUCUUUCUCAUUUGAUUUGCACUCGCUAACCUUCCCUUUCCAUUUCGCAAGAAGAAAGUCACCUGGGUUUGCAUCGUUUCAUGGGAGGAGGCAAAAAUAGAUGUACUUUGUGGCUAGGCUGGUGAUGGUGCUUUUCUUGGUGGGGGGAGCAGGUGGGGAGGAAGAGCGCCCAGGCACCAGGACAAUCAUAUUUCUGCUUCCACCCUCUGACCACAGGGACAGGGAUAUGGAGCUCUGGCUUUGAAACUGUGGGAAAGGUGGCUGACAUGCCAGUUAUCUUUGAGUGCUGGGUGCACAACCCCUUCUAAUAGGAGCUCUGUGCUCUGUGGACCGUUCAUGUGGCAGCAGAGAUCUAGGCAUUUAAUCAGGUACCAGAAACCUGGGGAGUUUGGAGGGUAAAUUUUGUUUUCUAGUUAACUGAUAUUUAAAAGGCAACUCCUCCACCACUCAACUGCCAGCUCGUCCCAAUGUAUAAACUCUGGUUUGAGGACCUGGAUUGUGUCCUGUUGAUUCACAGAGUGAUCUCGGGAGAUUCACUUAAGCUCUGGGUCUCAAUUUCCUCAUCAGUAACAUGAGCAAACACUAGUUCCCAUUGUGGCUCAGUGGGUUAAGAAGCCAACUAGUAUCCAUGAGGAUGCAAGUUCGACCCCUGGUCUCGCUCAGUGGGUUGAAGAUCCGGUGUUGCUGUGAGCUCUGGUGUAGGUUGCAGAUGCAGCUCAGAUCUGGCAUUGCUGUGGCUGUGGUGUAGGCUGGCCGCUGCAGAUCCAAUUCAUCUCCUAGCCUGGGAACUUCCAUAUGGCAUCGGUGUGGCCAUAAAAAGAAAAAAAAAUGGGCAAACAAAACAGAUACUCUCCAAUAAUCCCACAAGACAGUGAGCCAAUAAAAAGACUGACCAUGCUAUCCUUCCUUAGUAAGUAGAGUCCAGGAAACACCACCCCACUUGCCUUGAUUAGCCAUACGGUGAGGGUCACCCUGUCUGUAGAUCACAGCUUAGCCUGGAAUCUUGGAGAUCUUCUCUCUUGAUCUCCAGUGGAGAAAUGAGAUAGAGGAUGAAGUCAAACAGGAUCACCCCCCACGUGGGACUAGAGCCCAGGGAGCCCCUUCCUGACUCCGUGACCUUUUCCUAUCACCACGUGGCCUAUGGUACAUACGAUGGGAUGAUGCUAGACACUUUGAAAGAAACCCUCAGCCUGGCCCGUGUAAUUGCUUGCCCCUUCCUGAUGGAAGAAGAGUUGCCCAGGGAAUGCCAUCUCUGGGAGUUGGGUCUGGGUGCAUCAGGGUUUGGUGUCAUUCGCAGUGUCCCAAGGAAUGAGCUGUCGCAUCAUUCCUUUCCCAGAUUUCAGUGGCCAGCUGGCAUUCUCUGGAGUCCUCCAAGAAAAGGGGAGAAGGACUUCGGUUUUAUUGACUUUUAACCGAGAAAUCCAGUCAAGCGGCAGAACAGAUCCCCUGGUCUGUAUCUAAAUGUCAGUCAACCAAGAGAGGAAAGGCCCUUUUCUUUGGAGCUUUUCAAGUUGAAUGAGCGCAGCUGCUCUGAUGGGGGUUCUCUUAUUAGAGGAGAUAUGUGCACGAUGGUAGCUUUCAAGACCUUUUCAGACCUGGGGAUUCUAAAACCCUAGAGGAAGCCAGAAAUUGGGCAGACACUGGGUGAACCAAUUCAUUAAAUAUUCAGCUUAAAGAAAUGUCCUUCUCCUGGGAGACCACAUGUUACCUUUGGGGAACAACUGUCAAGACUAGAAAUAGAGGCACUCACUGUUUGUCAUUCCUGUCUACUUUUUUCCCAUAUCAGGGGAGGAGAGUAUGUCUUAGAGAGAGGAAAGGACUUGCAGAUAAAGCGGUUGAGCACAUAUGUAAUUUUUAAUUAGACUUUCUAUCAAAUGGGACCAAACAUAUUGGAGGGGCUGCUGACCUGCCCCAAUUCAGCCAGGCCACCUUGUUUCAAAGCCGAGAUUCACCAGUACCUGGCUUCUCAAAAGCCCAGGGCCGGGACUGUUGCCUCUGAUUAUCAGGAGGACAGGUUAACUGAAUGUCUGUGAUCACUCACAGGUGAUGGGCCGUGGGUCCACUCCAGAGCUACUGUGGGAGACAAAUUCUCUUAACAGAUUGUCCUCUAGGCAUCAGGAGUCCUUGAACAGUCAUAUAUAUACAUAUAUAUAUAUUUUGUGUGUGUGCCGCGUGCACACGUGUCCAAGACCCGUGGGUGGUUUAGGGGAAAGUGCUAGCAACAGUAUCCAUGUCAAUGUUAAGUAUAUUUCAUAUCUGAUGUCUCAUGCUUUUCAAAUAAAAGUGUUUUCCAUUACUCAGAUAUUUAUUUUUGGGCGACAAGGUGAAAAUUAAAAUCCUCAGAUGCACUGCGCCUUUGGCAUUAAAACAUUGUUCUCAGAAACUUUUAUGUGCCGCUAGGAAUUAGUAAAAAAAAAAAAAAA